AUCCUCAGUUAGUGGAGAGGACUGGCAUCUAAAUCAUACUGCCUGGUGAAAAAAUGAGCUGAGAGCCAGGAUAUGCCUUUAGGAGUUAACACUUGAGCCUAUGCCUGAAGGAUUAAAUAGGUGAAGGAUUAAGAAGUGACUGGGGAGGCGAAGGCAACCUUGACAGAAGGAAUAGCAAAAACAAUGGCACAGCGGCAUGAGAGCCUGACAGUUUACAAACGCUAUGAAGCUUCCCUGUCCUCCUUCCCAUCCCUCUACCUAGCGUUGCCUAGUUAAAUUCGAAUUUAGAGAAACAACUAAUAAUUUCAAAAUACGAGUAAGUAUGUCCCAAAUACUACAUGGGACGUUCACACUCUGGGCUCCUUUCAAUUCGUCCUAGCCCGUCCAGGGGGCCACAAACCCCAGGGAUUUACUCGCGAGCUGGCGAAGUAAAGCAUGAGAAAAUAUCACAGGUUUAGUUUUAUUUCACUCUUAUAUUUUUUACGCUUUGGUCUCCUGCCCAUGCCUGAGGGAUAUAUUUCGCAGCUCGUUCCAUUACAGGGGUCUAGCUCCGCCAAAUGGAGUGGGGCAAAGGGGAAAAAGGGGUUCACCCACACAAGAAACCCACUCUCCGCUCCGUAAAACGCCAGCCAGUGGGGUACUUCCGGCAAAGCGGAAGUUGCCUUUCCAAAGGACAGGAAGUCCCGCCCCUCCGGAGGAGGAGCGAAAGCGAAGAAGGUAGUUCUCCCACUGGGAUGACUGAGAAUCCCUCGUGGCGCCCGCGAUCAGAAGCAGCGCGGUGACGGGGCUUCAGGUCGUAAGUGCUCACCGGCAGUUGUUUCGGUUGGCAGCGUGACUGGUGGGAGAUGCGCCGGCAACCUGAGGGGAGAAGCCGGAGCUAAAGUUAGCGUUUGGAAGGCAGUUUGGAGCUGGGGCAGAGCUGCUGUCGCGCAGUCAGGUCAUGGGCCCGAACAAGCAUUGGGGAGAAUGGUUCCUGAGCCUGCGGGUGCUCCGCGUCGGAGUGUUUGGUGUGGCCUUCCUUGUCCGAGUCGCUCUGGUUUUCUACGGGGUCUUCCAGGACCGGACCCUGCUCGUGAGAUACACAGACAUCGACUACCAGGUCUUCACGGACGCUGCGCGUUUCGUCACGAAGGGACGCUCCCCAUAUCUGAGGGCCACCUACCGUUACACUCCACUGUUGGGGUGGCUCCUCACUCCCAACAUCUACCUCAGUGAACUCUUUGGAAAGUUAGUCUUCAUCAGCUGCGACCUCCUCACCGCUUUCCUCAUAUACCGCCUGCUGCUUCUUAAGGGGCUAGGUGGACGCCAGGCUUGCGGUUACUGUGUCUUUUGGCUUCUUAACCCUCUCCCUAUGGCGGUAUCCAGCCGAGGCAAUGCGGACUCGAUCAUCGCUUCCCUGGUGAUUAUGGCCCUGUACCUAAUAGAAAAAAGACUCGUCGCAUGUGCCGCUGUAUUCUAUGGUUUCGCAGUACAUAUGAAGAUGUAUCCGGUUACAUAUAUCCUACCCAUAGCCCUCCACUUGCUUGCAGAACGCGACAAUGAAGAAAGCCUCUGUCAAUCCCGGUAUUCGUUCCAAGCUCGUUUUUAUGAAUUCCUGAAGAGGCUGUGUAAUCGGGCUGUGCUACUCUUUGUAGCAGUUGCUGGACUAACAUUUUUUGCCCUAAGCUUUGGUUUUUACUAUAAAUACGGUUGGGAAUUUUUGGAGCACACCUACCUUUAUCACCUUACUAGGCGGGAUAUCCGUCACAACUUUUCUCCAUACUUCUACAUGCUGUAUUUGACUGCAGAGAGCAAAUGGAGUUUUUCCCUGGGAAUUGCUGCAUUUCUACCACAGUUCAUCUUGCUUUCAGCCGUGUCUUUCGCGUAUUAUAGAGACCUUGUCUUUUGUUGUUUUCUUCAUACCUCCAUUUUUGUGACUUUUAACAAAGUCUGCACCUCCCAGUACUUUCUUUGGUACCUCUGCUUACUGCCCCUUGUGAUGCCACAAGUGAGAAUGCCUUGGAAAAGAGCUUUAGUUCUCUUAAUGUUAUGGUUUAUAGGGCAGGUCUUAUGGCUGGCUCCUGCAUAUGUUCUUGAGUUUAAAGGAAAGAACACCUUUCUGUUUAUCUGGUUAGCUGGUUUGUUCUUCCUUUUUAUCAAUUGCUCCAUCCUAAUUCAAAUUAUUUCCCAUUACAAAGAGGAACCUCUGACAGAGAGACUCAAAUAUGACUAAUAUAUGCUCCAGUUCUUCUGCCACUUCUAUUUACAUUCUGACUGUUCUUAAUGGACUAGAAGAGAGCUUCAGAAAAAUUUUCAAACAUCCUAAGCACUCUAGUGAAAGUUCAGUUUGGAGCAUAAAACCCUGUUCCAACAGAAGUUAAAAUGAAUAUUUGCCUUACAAAGGGGCUUAAUAAUUGAGGUCUACCCUUUAUGAAAUCUUAGGACUCAUUUAUCUGGGACAUGAUGGGAAGUAAAGUUUACUUGUUUGAAAAUGAAAGGGCUGAUGAAACUAUCAGACGCUUAAAGGUUUUUAUAGAAAAAUACAGAAAUAUAGUCAGAGACAAGGUAUAAGCCAGCAUUUGUUCCAGUUAUGCUAUGCUAUUGUCUGAAGCUGUCUUAUAUUUUACUCCCCACUUUUUCUUGCUAAAGCUUUCCUGAUAGCCGAAAACUCACAAAAUGUUCCUAAAGUACAGCUUUUAGAUAUAAAGUGUUAAAUAAUACUACACACUGUGCUUAGGUUGGAAAAGUUUAUUCUGUAUUAAAAGUGGGGGCUUAUAAGAUAAAGAAUACAAAGAAGUUAAAUUGUAAUCAUGUUUCAUGUAUUUGUUUUGUAACUACUUAGUCCCAGUGGUAUUAAAAUAACAUUUGGAUUAAAUUUAUUUAUUUAUUUAUUUUUAAAGAUUUUAUUGGGGAAGGGGAACAGGACUUUAAUGGGGAACAGUGUAUAUUUCCAGGACUUCUU